GUUGUCACACAAUUUUGCCUGCUGUGUGCAUUUUCUCAUCGUGUAAAUUGCCAACAUGAGUUGUCAUAGCCAUUGCCAUCCAACGACCUUUAUGGGCAGCCAAACAUUUUUCUCAGGUCCAUCGAUCAGCAGUGCGACAAUCCCGUCUGAGGUUUCAAAUCCAGUCAUCCAGCCUCUUACUCCCUAUGUUGGAUCUAUAGGUGGGAUUUUAAGACCUGGAAUGCGACUGCAUGUUGAAGGGACUGUUCAUCCUAAUGCCCAUCAGUUUCACGUAAAUUUUAAAGCAGGGGUCAAAGAUGGUGAUGACGUUGCUUUUUAUUUCAACCCUCGGAUCGGCCAGAAUGUAACCAUGAACGCCUUUCAGAAUGGUCAAUGGAUGAUAGAGGAAUUGGGUUCUGAUAUGCCCUUUGUUCGAGGGGCAUCCUUUAAAUUACUGUUUAUUGUCUAUAAGGAUUUCUAUGAGGUCCAUGUGAAUGGAAUGCGUCUUUACACAUUUAAUCACCGCAUUCCUCUAGAAAGAAUUACUACACUUGCAAUUUCAGGAGAUGUUUCAAUAAUCUGGUUGGGGUUUGAAGAUUGGCGCCAAACAUUCACUUAUUCCAUCCCAUCCGUGGUUUUAAAUCCUGUGAUCCACCCUAGCAUCCCCUAUGUUGGACCAGUAGCAGGAGGUAUAAGACCAGGAAUGCAGCUGCAUGUUGAAGGAGCUAUUCCUCCUAAUGCCAAACAGUUUCAAAUAAAUUUUAAAACAGGUAUACAAGAUGGUGAUGAUACUGCUUUUCAUUUCAAUCCCCGGAUCGGUCAGGAUGUAUACAUGAAUGUCUUCAAGAACGGGCAGUGGCAGAAAGGGGAAUUGGGUCACAAUAAGACGUUUGUUGAGGGAGCAUCCUUUAAUUUACUGUUUAUCAUCUAUAGGGAUUUUUAUGAGGUCCAUGUAAAUGGAGAACAUAUCUACAAAUUCAAUCACCGCAUUCCUGUAGAUAGAGUAAAUACACUUGGAAUUUCAGGAGAUGUUUUAAUACGAUGGUUUGGUUUUGCGAAUAAGAGCAUUACUCCAAAACCCCCAACCCCACCAAGCUCAACUUUGAGUUCGAUAUCCCUGCCUUUAGAAAUUACAUAUCCAAUCAGUAACCUUAGACUUCCUUAUGUUGAUAAAAUUCCAGGAGGUUUGAAAGAAGACAUGGUUUUUUUCUUACAAGGGACCGUUCUUACAAAUACAGCUUCCAUUGUAGUUAAUUUCAAAACAGGGCUUGGUGAUGCCCAUGACGUUGCUUUUCACUACAGACCCUGGAUUAACCAUAAAACAGUCCUGAACAGCUUCCAAAAUGGAGGAUGGAGGACGGAAGAAGAUGUACAUAGUGUGCCCUACACCAGCGGAGGAGCCUUUAUUCUUCUUAUAGCCAUCAAGUCUGAUGGUUAUAAGGUCUUUUUGAACGGCGUACAACACUGCACAUUCAGGCACCGUAUUUCCCUAGAGAAAGUUUCUAUGGUUCAAAUUUGUGGAAAUGUUGCCACCAAUGUCUGUGGUUUUAUUGAUAAUUGGAGUACUCAUUCAUCCUUUGCAGAACUAAAGGAAGUAACAGAAAGCUCAACCUCCAUUUUGCCAUUUUUGCCUUUAGAGACUUCAUAUCCAGUAAAUUUCCCUGCGAUUCCCUAUGCAAGUAAAAUCCUAAAUAGGCUCAAACCAGGCAUGGCCAUGUUUGUAUAUGGGACUGUUCUUGCAAAUGCACAAGGCUUUUCAGUUAAUUUCAAGACAGGGAAGGGGGAUAAUGAUGACAUUGCUUUUCACUACAAUCCCCGCUUUUCUGGUGAAACUGUCCUGAACUCCCUCAGAAACGGUGGCUGGGAGACACCAGAAAAUUUACCUGGUUUACCCUUCACUAGGAAAACUUCCUUUCAAAUUAUUUUUGUUUUUAAAUCAGAAGGCUAUGAGGUUUAUGUGGGUGGCUCUAAACACUGCACAUUUAAACACCGCAUUCCUUUGGAGAACAUUUGUGCAAUUGAAAUUCCUGGAAUGCCAUUUGCUGGAGUUACCAUUCAGUUCAUUGGUUUUGUUGAAAACUGGAAGAAUCUAUCAAUUUAAAUGAGUAAUACACAUAUACAAGGAGGAAGUUCCAAGGCAAAAGAAAUACAACUAAGUUUGGUGGCAAUUUUGAUUCCUUAUAUUUUCUUUUUCAAUAGGUAUAAAUUUCAAAAUCUCACAAAAUUUUAAAUUUGCCUUUAAUGCCACCACCUUGUUAUCCUUGUUAUUUAGACCUGACAUGACCAUGAAUCAUGUUAACAUUUUUAUCCACACUGAAUUUUAAUUUACACUGUUAAAAAAAAAGACUUACCUGUGAAAUGUAGUUUUCAUGUGGUCAUUACAUUUUUUUUUAUGUUUCCUAUAUUGGUAUGUGAAAUGUCUAGAAAACAAAUACAGGGAUAAAAUGUCCAUGAUAUUCCAAAGUUAUUCAAUUAAUUUAUCAUUUUAAUCUGUAAUUUAAAUGAUUUUUGAAAAUUAUACUGUCUUUUGAUCAGAGAUUCACAUUUUUAUUGUUAAUCUACAAUUUUGCUGCAAAUGUGCUUGGAUACUUCUCUUAUAAACCAAUGAGGGAUAAAAAAAAAAACUUUCUCUUUGCAAAAAUGCAGAAUGAAGUUGAUAAGACCGUCCAGAAUCUACAAGUGAAUUUCUGGGCUGAUUUUCUUAUGCGGUAGCUUGUCCUGCUGACAAUCUACACUGGAAAGGCUUUAAUGUGUUUAAGCAUGAAUUAUGAUUCUCUGUGAGAGAGCAUCAAAGGAAACAAAAAGUAUCUUUAAUGUCUUUUUUGCUAAGGACCAAAUAUUUGCUAUUGCUUUUUUAGAUUAAAAAGUUUUUUGGGGUACUAAUGGGAAAACAGCUUUUAUACAAUGAUCAGCCAUAACAUAAACACUAAAUAUCAUUAACACAUUAACCCUGAUUAUCAAUUAAUAUACUAGUAAACUGAAAGGAUCAUGGGCACCCAAGACACACCCAUGCUCAUGACCAUCUCACCAGUUUACCGGGGUGGUCUUUUAGUCACCUUCAGCAGAACCUCCACAAGAUUGAGCAUACUGUUUUGCUUUGUAAUGUUUUAGCUGAUCAGUGUAUAUAUCAGGCUUUUAUUAUUAUCUCCUUUUAAAUUUAUUUUAGUAAAUAUAGCCUCUUAAAUAUGCUGCAAUCACAAACACAGGCUUUUCAUUUGGUGUUAACAGAAAAUUCUCAUGGACAUUAGGUUCUUAGAAUCUCAUUCUUAAUGCUUUGAAUAAAA